AUGAUCGGCGCCAGCUGCAUGCGACACUCUUUGGAGGCCUCCAUGGAGGCCAAUGAGGUGGUGAUGCUGACCAUCGACAACAUUUGGCGCUCCACGCAACGCUACUACAUCACAGCACCGUUGACGGUUUAUUCCAUGAUGGAAGGGAUGCAGGACUACAUCCGCUUCCACUGCUACGGUCAAGACAUCACCUACAAUGACCGCAACGGUACCUCAUCGCAGAGUGGGCGGGAAGCGCAGGGUGGCAGGUUUUGCAGUCCAGCUUUGUGGCGGAUGUUUGCUUUUGAUCCACCCAUCAGCAAGAUCGCGGUCUACUUGGUCAAGUACUGGACCCUGCUGCUCGAGAUCUUCGCGGUGGUCGCUUGGGUCUAUUUCUGUGGGACCGGUCACCUGGAUGAAGGCGGCUUGACCUCGCUGAUCAUCAUUACCGUCAUCGCGCUGGACGUCUUGCAUCCCUGCGCCUACCUGUGGGUCGGAGAGACCACGAUGACGCAGGAGCUGGCGUCCUCGAUGUCCUGGUACCAGGCCUUCACCACGCUGGGUUGGUGGGAGUUGUUGCUCCACGACUUGAUUCUGAAUGAUUUCGCUGGGGGGCCGAAGAAUCAGAUCGGAGAAGAGCGCCGAAGUGUCGAUCCGGGCAGCGAUUGGAUCGACUGCAUCUUGCUGUUGACUCUGGUCUUCCCUUACCUCGGUGUGAACCAGGCGCCCGACGCGGUGGGAGCCAACGGCACCGCCGCAUACGCAGAGCAAAGGGCGAUGGGGCGGGGCGGAGGCGCUGCUGGAGGUGAACUCGCCGUGCCCGGUGGCUUUCGACCGAUCUCUAUGGAGGCAUCAGCUUCCCGCCAUUUGGAGGUCGAGGCUGAAGGCUCCGUGGAGGACCGGGCAUUUCGCGACUCGAACGGAGCGAUCGGACGCCUUGAACGUGGAGAGCUGGAGAAUGAGACCGCAGACAGUGAGGUGCAGGUGGUGCCUGCUCAGCCUAGGCCCAACAGGCCUGAAGUAGAUGAGCGGCAGGCCAGCACUGACAGCAUCGACCUCGAGCACACGCGCACUGCCAUGGCGAUGUUCGCGCAAAGGCCCAUCUGGGCGAGGUCGACCUGGCGCUAUCCCACCGUGACAGGCGAGGUGCCCCGCUACAUGCAGAGGGCCUUUCGUUUGAAGACCUUUGGCCUGAUCACGCUCCAGCUCCUUCUGAUCCUCCUUCUCGCGGUGCCCUUGCGGAUGAGUGGCUUCGCCGAGCACAUCCCAGAGCCCGAGGGCAUGGAGAACUUUUUCCACCAGGGCAUCGUCUACAUGUUCGGCGUGGUGAAUCUCGUUGCCUUGCUGCUCUUGAACUGCUACAAGGACCGGUACCCUGCGAACUACGCGCUUUGGGCCUUCAGUGUGCUCACCUCGGGCGUUUUCUGGGCAGUGGCGUACACCAAGAACUUCAUGACAAUGGUGCAGUUUGAGAUCUUGGGAAUUCUCUUGAUCACCAUGGUCAUGGCCAUGGUGAUUUCCAGAGUUUUAUCCAACAUGGAGAGGAAGUUCUCUGGAUCCCAGGUCCUGGCUUUGUCCUUCCUUCCUGGAUGGUUUCUAGCCUGUCUUGCCUUGGCUCUGCAGGCCUUUGUGCGUUCGGAGCAGGCGCCCCUGGAGAUGAUUAGCGCGAUCUGCGUCUCAGCAGUAUUGCUUGGGAUCCUCUUUCUGGACGCGGGGAAGUUGAUGGUGCGGUGUGAUCCGGAUGACUUUAUGCGUGUGGUCAUCUCCAUGAAUGCCACAAUCAUGGUGGUAGUCAGUAUCCCCUUCUUCUUCUUAGCCUUCUGCAUGUUGCGCUUGGAUCAGCAGCAGGACGAGCUGCCCGCGGCUCCCACCACCUUAGCCGACCCACCCGAGCUGACCAACCGCGUGGGCGCGGCGGAACUCCGCGUCGCGGGCUACUGAGGAUCGAGGGCGGACCGAGUCCGGUGAUGGUGAUGGAUGUUUUGGAGGUGGAUCAUGGUUGAUCCAGGUGGUUUUGUUG